GAGGUGCCCCUCGUGCGGGCGAGGAUCCGAGGCCCCGGGAGGAGUGCCUCGUGGGCCGUUCGGUAGUGAAGCUGGGUCGCCUCCCCGCGCAGCUCUGCCCCAGCUCCGGGACCUGCUGGCCGGCGGCCGCCUGCUGUGCAGGUUUAGCUGGAACUUGCGAGUCGAAUGCGGCCUCUAGGUUCUCCCACUAGAGAAAUUAAUUUCCUUAGGAAAUCAGUUAAGAUGUAUGACCAGCGCUGUUGUCUGUCCUGAAGUCCGACCCUGGUGUCGUUUUAAAGGGGGGGAAAGGGAUGCUGAAAGGGCUCAGUUUUUAUAUUUCAGGUGGUACUGAGGCUUAUCAAUCAGUUUAACUCACGCUGAUCAGUCUUGCAAGCCCUAUGCCUCCUUCAAACCAAAGCCACUCAUAAUAUGAACCAAUUGCCCACACUUUGCCUUAAUGUUCCGAUCACUGUUUACUAUCCUAAUAAUUCUACAAGUAGUUAUUUGUAGGAUUUGACGUGUUUAAUAAGUUCAGCUUACCUGAGGGGGCUGAAUCCACAGUGAUGGCAUUGUAUAAUCCGGCGUGCCUUUCUUUUCCUCCUAAGAAAGAAAUGUCCAUUCCAAAAGGAAUGAAGACACUGAGAGGCCAUAUUGGAUGUGCCCUGUUUGUGUGACUCCUUAAAAAAAAAUUUUUUUUUAACUGUUGAUAGUAUUACAGAUGUCUCCAAUGCCCCCCACCCCUUUUCCUCCCUCCGCCCAGCCCCUAUUGUGACUCCUUGAUGCACGUUCACAGUUCAUCUUUCUCUGGCCUCAAUUUUCCAUCUGGAAAGGGGGGAGAUUAGAUUAUGAUCUUGACAUCCUUCUCCAGAAACCGGAUGGCCACCACCUUAUCAACCAUUGGUACUGCCUCUCCAGGCCUGUCAAUAACAUUACAUCAUUGCCAUUUGCUUUAAGUACUGUGAUUUUAUUGUUGCUGGUUUUAAAUUUUUUUGUAAAAAAAAGUUAGGUUCUUGGUCUGUGGUUAUUGGCAACCUUCUUCAAGUGGUUAAAAUUAUUUUCUUCUGACCUUUAGGAGAUGGUGUUCAUCACUGAUCCAGCCCACCCCUCAGUGCCCCUCCUGAAUGGUGGCCUGACGGAUCACACAGGUCUUCAGUGUAAUGAGGAUAAAAACUGUUCCUUGUUGUUAGAGAAGUCACUUACAUAGUUUGAAAAUCAUACAGAGUUGGUUGCUAAACUGGUUAUUUGGAUAUUCUAUGUUAAUGAACCACCAUUGCUUUUUGUACUCUAUAUUAAGUCUAUACCUCAGCAAUAGUUGAAUUUUGUCUAAAGGUAGAGGAGUAAGCUCUGGUUUUUACACAGAAUCAAGAUUUCCAGGAGAGAGGCCUGUUAUUUGAACAUUUAACAGGUGCCCCAGAAGUGGUUCUUGUCAAACAUAUUUGGGACACAAUAGAGCAGGUGUUCUCAAAGUGGUUGGUGGUCAGGCAUUAUCAGGGCUGGCAGCAUUUCUGGUCUCACCUGAGGCCUGUCAAUCAAAAUCUGCAGUUCAACAAGGUCCCCAGGGAUAUGAGGUGCCCAUUGUAAGCCUCAGAGAGUUGCCUUCUACGGAGCCCAGCAGAGGAGUGGGCAAGCAUGAAGUCCAAUCCUGCCAUCCAAGCUGCCAUUGACCUCACAGCAGGGGCCGCAGGGGGCACAGCAUGUGUGCUGACUGGGCAGCCCUUUGACACGAUGAAAGUGAAGAUGCAGACGUUCCCUGACCUGUACAGGGGCCUCACUGACUGCUGCCUAAAGACCUACUCACAGGUGGGCUUCCGGGGUUUCUACAAGGGGACCAGCCCAGCGCUCAUCGCCAACAUCGCCGAGAACUCUGUCCUCUUCAUGUGCUACGGCUUCUGCCAGCAGGUGGUGCGGAAAGUGGUGGGAUUGGACAAGCAGGCAAAGCUGAGUGAUCUGCAGAAUGCAGCUGCUGGUUCCUUUGCCUCUGCGUUUGCUGCGCUGGUGCUCUGCCCCACUGAGCUCGUGAAGUGCCGGCUACAGACCAUGUACGAAAUGGAGACUUCAGGAAAGAUAGCCAAAAGCCAGAAUACAGUUUGGUCUGUAGUGAAGAGUAUCCUUAGAAAGGAUGGCCCGUUGGGCUUCUAUCAUGGACUCUCAAGCACUUUACUUCGAGAAGUACCGGGCUAUUUCUUCUUUUUCGGCGGCUAUGAACAAAGUCGAUCGUUUUUUGCCGCAGGGAGAUCAAAAGAUGAACUAGGCCCUGUCCCUUUGAUGUUAAGUGGUGGAGUUGGUGGAAUUUGCCUCUGGCUUGCUGUUUACCCAGUGGAUUGUAUCAAGUCUAGAAUUCAAGUUCUUUCCAUGUCUGGAAAACAGGCAGGAUUUGUUGGAACCUGUAUAAGUGUUGUGAAAAAUGAAGGAAUAACGGCCUUAUAUUCUGGACUGAAACCUACUAUGAUUCGAGCGUUCCCCGCCAAUGGGGCACUAUUUUUGGCCUAUGAAUACAGCAGGAAGUUGAUGAUGAGCCAGCUUGAAGCAGACUGAAGUAUUCUAGCGAACCUGGAUCCAAGUACAAGUGUUUGAGGACUAUAACUCAUCUCAGGGUUUCAUGGAGUACAAGCCCAGUGUGGAAUUAUUUUAAUUUCAGAGUAUUUUGUUGUCUUCCAUUCUUCUAUCCUAAAUCUUAAACUUCAUGGAAGGACCUCAAUUUUACACAAUCUGAUUUCUGCCCAUAAUUGUACUGAAAUAGCAAAGCUGCUGCUGCUGUCCUUGGUAGGACACACAGGGUAGCCUCUGGCCCUCCAUUCCUAAUCUGACAAUCUAAAUAUAAUCAGGGAUUUUGCAUAAAUUUGUAUUGUACAUGCAGUUUGGAUGGUUGUGUGUUGUGAAUGAAGCAUAAUUUUGUUCUGUGUUUAAUCAGAUCACACCAGAAAAACCCAGAGGUAACCAUGUUUCAUGAAGAUGGUAUGAUUACUUUAACCCAUUCUAGAUAUAGGGUCUCUUAAAAAUCUGCUUAACACAUGCACUAUACCAAGUGGCUCAAGUUUUUAAAAAGGUUUCCUGUGGUGCUUGGAAACCAAUACUAGUAUAUCCAUGGAUCUUAAAGAAAAGAAUUUAACUGUAAACUGAUGUGGCUUCCAUGUUUCUGAUUUAACUUUCAGAGUAAGCAUCCUGGAUUUUUCCAAGCUGCUCUACUGAAAAAAUAGUGCCAUUCAUUUUUUUGGUGGGAUCAUAUACUCUCUGAAAUAUUCUUGGGUGUGGCCUAGAGUAUCAAGCCUUUGGAAAGCUGCUUGGCCUUCACUGUGCCAACUCCAUUCUUCUCUCACAAAGAGCUUCCCUCUGCUGGGCUUUAUGUUACGGAAGGGCCUGAGGGGAGGGGGCUGUGCUGCUGUCUUUGUGAAGACCUUGUGGCCCACAACAGCCCUUAGCUUUGGUCUCUGGGUCCUGGUCUGGGUAGGAUUCCAGAUAUUCUUUGGACCACUUUGGACCAUUCACUCAUUGUCUCCACCAAUUGGAAACCCUUCCUGGAGUAGAGUGCCAAAGCCAAGAGAAGUCCUUGUUCCCUGUCUGGUGACUGCCAGUGCUCCUGGAUGGAGCCCUUUCAGAACUAGACCAAACGUAGUGUGUGCACUCCGCAGUGAGUACCGUCAGGGCUGACCCAUUCUCAAGUUUUUCUUGGGGUCCAUAACUCCAUCGUGCUUUGAUAGUGCUGGAACCCCUUAUAUCUGGUACUGGCAGUCGUUGAGUUUUAAUGUCUGUAUGGGGUGUGACUUUAUAAAGCAAUGAAACAAAGUAAUUUUUAUUAAGCUAUGCCACAUGUAUGCAGUAAUAGCAACAAAACACUCAUUCCUCUGAUUCCCACAGACUUGGAGAUGGCAGCUGUUCUUUGGCCAUCUGAGUGGCACUUCAUCUGAACAGGCUAGAAAUGAAGUACUGGCUUCCAGCAGGAAGCGAAUUGCUCAGGGUCCCUGGUCUCCCUGUGUGGUGCCCGUCAGCAUGUGAACACUGUUGGCAGUAGACCUCACAUGUCCUCCUUUAAAGGUUUAACUAAAUAUCUUCAAUAGAAACAGUCUGAGGCAAGGAAGACUGAGUGGGAACAAGGAAUGGAAAGUCAGAGGAAUUGAUUUUUCAUUCUAUUGAAUUCAUCGUGUAUAAUUUGUACCAUUUCAGAUCCGUACUCCAGAUAAAAAUAUAGUCACUGUGUUUAGAGAAAUUCUAGUGUUCUAUAUUAUUAAAUUAUUUGCCUAAUA